CAAUAGGACGCUCAAUGGUAAGGUUGAUUUAGCCAAGUUGAAAUUGCUAAACACGAAAAGAUUGUUGCAGAUUGAAGUUUGCCGGCUACAUUUCUCUGCACUAUUUAGGGGUUUUAGACAGAGGUAUGCCUCAAGAUAAAAUGGAAAAGCCUUAUUUAGUCACAUGCACCGCACCUGUGAAUAUAGCUGUCAUUAAAUACUGGGGUAAAAGAAAUGAAGAAUUAAUCCUCCCCAUUAACUCAUCUUUGAGCGUCACAUUACAUCAAGAUCAGUUGAAAACAACCACAACAGUUGCAACGAGCAAAUCCUUUCAUGAGGAUCGACUAUGGCUCAAUGGCAAAGAGGAGGACAUAAACCAUCCCAGACUACAAUCCUGUCUGCGGGAGAUUCGGCGAUUGGCACGUAAGAGGCAUAAUGAUGGAGACCCAGAUUCAUCUGAUUCUACUGGUUUGUCCCAAAAAGUUCGCAUUUGCUCCGUUAACAACUUCCCCACCGCUGCUGGACUCGCCUCCUCAGCAGCUGGAUAUGCUUGUCUAGUUUACAGUCUAGCUCAGGCAUUUGGUGUAGAAGGAGAGUUGUCUGCGAUUGCUCGUCAAGGCUCAGGCAGUGCCUGCCGAAGCAUUUAUGGUGGGUUUGUUCAGUGGAUAAUGGGAAACAAAGAUGAUGGAAAGGACAGUUUGGCCCAGCAGGUGGAGCCAGAGACUCACUGGCCUGAGCUCAGGAUCUUUGUACUUGUGGCAAGUGCUGAGCGGAAACCAAUUGGCAGUACCUCUGGGAUGCAAACAAGUGUACAAACAAGCCGUCUACUAAAGCACCGCGCUGAGUCUGUUGUUCCAAGCCGGAUGGUAGAGAUGAUUGAAGCAGUUCGAAGAAAGGACUUCCCAGCGUUUGCUGAACUAACCAUGAAGGACAGCAACCAGUUCCAUGCCACCUGCCUGGACACAUACCCUCCCAUCUUUUACCUCAACAGCGUCUCUCAGCAGGUCAUCCACCUGGUGCAUCGUUACAACAAGUAUUACGGGGAGACAAGGGUGGCCUACAGUUUUGACGCAGGGCCCAAUGCUGUGAUCUUCACUCUCCAAGAGUAUGCUUCAGAGUUUGUGCGGGUGGUUCAGCAUUUCUUCCCUUCAGACACGAAUGGAGAAGGUUUUAUUAAAGGUCUUCCAGUCAAGAGUGCCACCCUCUCUGAAGAGCUCAAACAGGGCAUUGGUCUUGAGCCAAUGCCAAAGGGAAUAAACUACAUCAUUAGCACAAAGGCGGGACCAGGCCCUCGUGUUGUGGAGGAUUCCAGUCAACACUUGCUAUCGUCUGAGGGGUUGCCGAAGAAAACGGUGUGAAGCACCACUUCCCUGCAGAGACAGUGUCUACCAAGCAUUGGUGACGCUAGUUCCGCAGACAUUGAAAUCCGGACUGGUCGCGUACUACUAGGUUUUUAAAAAAUCAUUUGCAAUUGCAGGAAACAUACUUUACUUCAUCUGUCAAACACUACUGCUGUGUCUCCUCGUCUUGCAAUCGUUCUUUACUAAAGUACGUUUUUAUAUAGCUCUAUGCUUUCCUUUAUCUGCAGAUAGAUACUAUUUCACGGAUAUCCAAGUGGAUUCUGGACUUUCUGGACCCUCACAUUACAGAUUAACUUGUACUCUGACAGCAAGCCGUUCAUACAAAUCACACAAAAAAUGAUUUGCUUGUAUUUAUGGAAACUUUUUUUUGAAGAAAAUUGCUUUAAUAAAUUUCCCUUGUAGUUUUUGUUUUCAAUAUACGGUAAUAAAAAAACAUACUGACAUAAUUUAUAUUGU